CCACAACUAAAUGGCGAACGGUUUCGUUCUUUGAAUCAAAAAUUUACAAAUUUUCCAAAACUUUGGUCGCGCUUUAACCACAAUUCAACCAAUUGUUAAGCAUAAUUCAAAAAUUCAAUAAACAAGCGCAAGCUUAAAAAAUUGAUUGUUGAACGACCAGAAAUUUGGUAAAACAAAAAUGAAGUGCUUUACGAGAUUAUUAAAUAACGAAACCGGUAGUACUGUCUUCCAAUACCUAGCAACAAGCCUCGCCAUGCUAUCGAUCGUAUCCAGCGGCCUCCACUACGGCUGGCCCUCGCCCUCCCUCAAGAAACUCCUCGCCGACGGCUCCGCCAUCCCCAUCACCGACGACCAGGGCUUCUGGCUGGCCACCAUGAACAUGUUCGGCGCCCUGCUCGGCUCCAUCCUCACGCCCUUCCUCAUCAACAACAUCGGCCGCAAGAAGGUCAUCCUGCUGGCCGCCGUUCCCUACUUCGCCGCCUGGAUGACCAUCUACAUCGCCUGGAACGUGACCGUCCUGCUGGCCGCCCGCUUCGUGGCCGGCGUCUCCGACGGCAUGGCCUUCUCCUCGGUGCCCAUCUACACCGGCGAGAUCUCCCAGGCGAAGAUCCGCGGAUCGCUAUCCUCGCUCUGCUCCAUCACCUUCAUCGCCGGCAUACUGAUGAUCAACAUCGUAGGGUCUUAUCUAUCAAUCAAAACCACUGCUUUGAUAUGCUCCACUGUGCCGGUGGUACUCUUCUGCACCUUCGCUUGGAUGCCGGAGUCGCCUUACUACUACAUCAUGAAGAAUCGACUGGAGGACGCCAGGCGUAGUCUGCAGACGUUCGUCGGUCCGAAGCUGGCCUCCAGCGAGCUCGAGCGCAUCCACCAAGCGGUGAAAGAGGACCAGUCCAAAGCGAAGACGAACCCCGUCGAGUUGUUCACGGUGCGCAGGAACCUGAAGGCCGUCGGCGUGAUGAUGAUCGUGCGCGGCGCCCAGCAGUUCAGCGGCGUCUCCGCCAUCGUGUUCUACGCGCAGAACAUCUUCGGCGAGGCGGGCGGCGGGCUGUCCGCCGAGGCGGCCGCCAUCGCGUUCUUCUCGGUGCAGAUAGCCACGUGCAUCGCGUGCGCCGGCGUGGCGGACCGCUGGGGCCGGCGGCCGCUGCUGCUGGUCUCCACCGUGGGCUCCUGCGCGGCGCUGCUGGUGGAGGGCGGCUACUUCUACGCGAAGACGACCGCCGGGGCGGACGUGGCGGGGUACGGGCUGGUGCCGGUGGCGGCGCUGCUGGCGUACAUCGUGUUCUUCAGCGUCGGGUUGCAGAACGUGCCGAUCAUCAUCAUGAGCGAGAUCUUCAACCAGGACGUGAAGGCGAUCGCGAUGGGGUUCGCUGAUAUAUAUUUCGCGUUCGCGGCGACCGUCACGUCGAAGUUCUUCCAGGAGACGAGGGACCGGUUCGGGAUGUAUUUUCCGUUCGUUUUCUUCGCUUUGUUCUGCUUGACGGCGACGGUUUUGACGUAUUUCUUCGUGCCGGAGACCAAGGGGAAGACGUUGGAGGAGAUCCAGGAGCAGUUCAAGGGCGUGAAGGGGAGAAAUGGUGGCGGUGGGGCGAGCGAAGAGGGGGAUGUUAUCCCUUGAAUUUGGCACGAAUGAUAUAAAUAAUAAUUGAUUCUUAUAGAAAAUGCCGAUUGUAUCUUAACAGGUACCUAAUUGUUGCUGAGCAACAACUUUAACUAGUGGAAAUGUUGUAAUCGUUGGUAGAUAUUAUUUUCUUAAUGUCAAUUUAACACUGGUUUUGUAUUAUUUUUUUUUAUGUACAGAAAUAGUAUCAUAAUUUUAGCUGGUGUUAUUUUUUAUAUAGAACAUUUUGAAUGCGGAAUGUAAUUAUAAAGAAAUGUUUAACUGAAUUUAAAAAUUUGAUGACUCUAUUAAGGAUUUAAACAGGCCAUUGGUUAUUUGGCUAUAAUCCUGCAAAUAUUUUACUAUUUAGAAACAUGUUUUGGGUAAAAAAAUGUGUUAAAAACUACAUUUUUAUUAGUAGAAAUAUUUUAUUUUUUUAUAAACC